AUCCUCAAUCCUCUCACUAGGUCAUAGCAGCAGCUCAUCGUUUUCGAGAAUCAAACUGCAGCUCAAACCAUGUCGUCUUGCAAGCUCACCAACCUCUGCAUCAUCGCCGCUCUCCUCCUCUUCCUCUCAAUAACCUCCACUGCUCGGGAGGUGCCUUCUUCUCCAGACGUUACUACAAUGAAAGUCCAACAUGAGGGGUUGAAGGAUGCUGAAGUCGAAAAAGUGAUGGCGGAGGAGAGCUGCGAGGGAGUUGAUGAAGAAGAGUGUCUGAUGAGAAGAACUCUUGCUGUUCACAUUGAUUGUAUCUAUAGACAUAAGGGCAACCCUUGA